UAUCGUCGAAUAACCGAAAUGUUCAAAUUUGCGGGAUUAGUGCUAAUAGUGCUCGUUGCAGCAGUUUCAGCAGCUUCUUUGAAGAAUGGUUUAACUAAACCGGCAGAAAAUGAGAAGCGCGGACGCAUUGCUGGAGGCACGGAAGCAACGGUCAAUCAGUUUCCUUAUCAAGCCGCCCUGUUAACCCCAGAAGGGCUCUACUUCUGCGGUGCAACUAUUUUGAACCAGCGCUGGGUUGUCACGUCAGCAGCUUGUGUUGCUGGACUAACGAUCCAGGAUGUGCAGGUAUUCGUGGGCAGCAAUCUGCUUACCGAGGGAGGAGUACUAAAUCGUGUGAGCAGAAUUAUUGCUCACCCGAACUUUAACGUUGAUGUGUACGAAAGUGAUGUGGCCCUUAUUCAAGUGGUCAAUACUCUUCUGUUCAAUGAUUCUAUUCAGCCUAUAGCGAUGAGACGGGAUUAUGUCGAAGCCGAGAGAAAUGCUACUGUAUCUGGUUUUGGACGGCAAACGAUUUCAGAUAGCAACAGACCAGAUCAGCUGCGUUUCCUCCAAGUCGAGAUAAUCACCCAGAACGCAUGCCAAGAAGCAUUUGAUGAACCCUACACUCAGCGUUUGGCGGAUAACACGCUUUGCACUCUCAGCCCUGAGGGUCAAGGAAACUGUCUUGGCGAUGCCGGUGGCCCACUAGUCUACAAUGGGGAAUUGGUGGGUGUAAUUUCCUGGGGUAUACCCUGCGGCCUAGGUAUGCCAGAUGUCUACGCUAGGAUAUCGAACCACAGGGCCUGGAUUCUGGUGCACACAAUGAUGUGAACUUGGAAUAACUUUAAUCUCUA